ACUCGCGUAGCAAAAGUGUGACACGAACGACGGUGGACCGGAAAACUUUUAACGCGUUCGACACGACACGACACGACACGACUCGACUCGACUCGACACACGCACACAUACCACACACACCAUGGCUAUGAAACAAGGGUUGCUGUAUCUCGGCCUGUAUCUCCUGUGCUUGCAGACGAUCCUCGUGAACGCCGUGCCGGACUGGGUGCCACCCGAGAUAUUCGACAUGGUGGCGGAUGACAAGGCCCGGUGCAUGAGCGAGCACGGCACGACGCAAGCACAAAUCGACGAGGUGGACAAGGGAAUAUUGAAAGACGAGCCGUCGAUUACUUGCUACAUGUACUGCUUGCUUGAAACGUUCAGCUUGGUCGAUGAGGAAGCCGACAUAGACACGGACAUGAUGAUGGGUCUGUUGCCGGAGGAACUUCAGGCAAGGGCGCAGGAAAUUAUACCAAAGUGCACCCCAGCAUCGGGCAGUGACAACUGCAACAAGAUAUUCAACCUCGCCAAAUGCGUCCAAUCAGCCGCGCCAGACCUAUGGUUCAUUGUCUAAGAUCAUUCCCCGAACGAUCUAUUUUCUACGGGCAACAACAACAGAGGAAUUAUAACAACAGGCUGCAAGAUGACGGUUACGCGAGAAUUCAAUUCACCGGCAACGACGUCGGCGAACGCCGAUGAAAAUGAAAAGAAACGAGAGAGAGAGAGAGAAAGGGAAAGAAAAAAAGCAACGCGCAAUUCGUUUAUAGCUGUAUCGAAUAUUACUCUAUCUGAAACAAGUAUGUAUGUACGUUCCGUUAGAAGAAAACGAAUAAACCUAUACCUUGAUUUAAGUGUAAACGAUAUGUAUGAUAAGUAAGAAACGAUAAGUAUCGACGUUUGAUACAAAACAUUUAACUAAUUAAACGAUAUUCAAAUGGGU